CUGCCUCAGCCUCCUGAGUGCUGGGAUUACAGGUGUAGAAUGAGCCAGGGAGAUUCAAACCCAGCAGCUAUUCCACAUGCAGCAGAGGAUGUUCAAGGAGACGACAGAUGGAUGUCUCAGCACAAUAGGUUUGUCUUGGAUUGUAAAGAUAAAGAGCCUGAUGUACUAUUUGUGGGAGACUCCAUGGUACAGUUAAUGCAGCAGUAUGAGAUAUGGCGAGAACUAUUUUCCCCACUUCAUGCACUUAAUUUUGGAAUUGGGGGAGAUACGACAAGACAUGUUUUAUGGAGACUAAAGAAUGGAGAACUGGAGAACAUUAAACCUAAGGUCAUUGUUGUCUGGGUAGGAACAAACAACCAUGAAAAUACAGCAGAAGAGGUAGCAGGUGGUAUCGAGGCCAUUGUACAGCUCAUCAACACAAGACAGCCGCAAGCCAAAAUCAUUGUAUUGGGUUUAUUACCUCGAGGGGAGAAGCCCAACCCUUUGAGGCAAAAGAAUGCCAAGGUGAACCAGCUCCUCAAGGUUUCUCUGCCGAAGCUCCCCAACGUGCAGCUCCUGGAUACAGAUGGGGGCUUCGUGCACUCGGACGGUGCCAUCUCCUGCCACGACAUGUUUGAUUUCCUGCAUCUCACAGGAGGGGGCUACGCAAAAAUCUGCAAACCCCUCCAUGAACUGAUCAUGCAGUUGCUGGAAGAAACACCGGAAGAGAAACAGACCACCAUUGCCUGACUGGCCCCCACCAGUGUUGCUAGUAACCCAGCUUCCUCAGAUCAGUUACAUCACUGGCACUACAGAACCCUCUUUCUUAAGGCACUUUGCAUUGUAGGAUGUUCCUGGAUGCUCGUAUCUAGUGUUGGAAGGGGAGGAGGGCUUUAAACUGGUCCUGUAUAUAGAAGGUUUGUUUGACACAGGAGAAAAAUGAGCCAAGGAAGAUUGUUGUUUAAAUUCAUUUGAAGCCAGAAGGGACUUUUUAGUUGUAUACGUGACACCUUCAUUGAAUUAUCACUGUUUUUCCUAGAGUAUCAUCAAGCCCAAGUACUGAAAAAUAUAAAGAUUUUUUGCUUGGCCUUUUUUUCCUGUGGAUUAUGUUAUAUAUAAUCAUUAUCAGAAUCACAUCUACUUAGCUAUAAAACAAAUCAUCUUUUCCCAUUUUUAAGGUUUAUAAUUUAGCCUUUUGUAUUUUGUUUUACUCAUAUGUAUGCUCAGUAUUUUCUUAACAUACAGCAUCAGAGUAAACAUGCUGGUCACUCAUGUAUGGGAGAGACUGUAGUUACAAGUGAGUUUGUUCCACUCCUAACCAUUCCUCAUCUUAGCAGUGAAGAACAGGUUUAACCCCCUGUGGGGAACUCUUGGAGGACAUUAUUUUUAUGCUGCUGAGUAUCAUGUCUAUAAUAGACCCAUGCAUGCAGCCUUUUCUUCCCUUUCCUCCUCUUUUUUUCUUUCCCCCCUUACCGAUACUAUUCUUUUACUGUAUUUUUGACCUAGGACCUCAGUUGCUGGAAGUUUAAGUCCUCAGCCAGUUACUCAUGAUAGUACUGAUACAUAAUUCAUUAUUGUGUGGUGGUCUGUGCUGUGGAGUCUGUGUAGUGUUAUUCAUAUUAAGAGUUCUAAUUUGUUGUUUUUUAACAUACAUUUUUUUGAAAAAAAAAAAAUCAGAACUCUGUUUCCCAUUCCAUAACAUCUGACAUUAUUUCAAAUUUUUAAAGUAUCCUAAGGUGUAUGGUUGUUGUUGUUUUUUUCUUUUUUUAUUUUUUUUCCAGUUCUGGGGCUCAAACCUAGGACCCACACGUGCUAGGAAAGUGCUCUACCACUGAGCCUUACCCUCAGCCCUGUAUUUUAUUUUUUAUUGGCUUAGCUCUUAAAUUCUGUUGGUCAAAAAAGAUUUGGCUUUUUCCACGGGGAAACAGUGAAUCUGCUCUCAGAACAGUCAUUCUGUGUUUAUCCCAGCAAUUUAGUUAAAAGGAGCUAGGUCCAUCUGACUUUCAAGGUUUCUUACUAAUGUAGCUUCAUCCAAGAAUUUCUUUCAAAAGAGGUCCUUAUAAAAUGGCUUGCUUGAGCCAAAAGAAUUUCCACUCAGAAGAAUAAUAGAAUAAUAAAUGGCUUUAUUGAACAUAGCUAUGAAAUAUGUGCAAACUGGAUCUGCAGACAUGUUUAAACUGGACCAGAUUGGGUAUUGAAGUGACCCAUCAAAAUGCACUACAGUGAUUCUGUUUAAUGUUCAAAUUCAGUAGCUAAAAUAUGUGCUUUAUAUUCUGUUCACAAAGCAAACGGGGAGGGAGGCUUUGUGUAUUGGAGUAGGUUUAUCGAUUUGUUCUAAGAUCCACUUCUGACUGGGAAGGAUAAAACUUGGGCUGUUUGUGUGUGUGUGUGUAGGUGCGCAAGUGUGUUGAACUUUCUAGGAAUUUGUUUUUGUCUUCUAGUCUUCUGAAUGUAUCAUGUCAUUAACAGAAAAUACACAUGGUGUUUAGUAAACUUGUUUACUAUAUUGAAAUUUCCUUUUUAUUUUUAGUAGCCCAGGUUCUUGAGUUUUUCAGAACAAUUUUUUUUUUCCUUAGCUGAAGUAUAGUUUCAAAAAGGAGAGUUAAGCCAGAAUUUUGUGUGUAAAAGGCCAGUUGCCUAUCCAGGUCUUUUUGUGUCUGUCAGAAGGUAGGAGUAUGGUCCAAAUGAAUCCAUUAGGUUACUCCUAUAGCAUGCGCUUUAGCUUCUCUCUUGACUGCAUAUCAGAAUUCCUUUGUGAGCUGACCUGCAGCUCCUUUGUGUGUGUAAACCUCAGAUGUUACUACAUUUUAUAUCUGCCAGAGCUCUUCAAGCAAUAGUGUUUGAACCACUAGUCUUUUAAAUAAAAUUCUGCCCUAUUGCCAAUGUGCAGAUAUUGAGUCCAGUCAUUUCUUGCCAGAUAUCUUUGCAGUGCUUUAGGCAAAAAGCAUUAAUCUGUUUUUCUUUGAGUGACAUCCCAGUUUGCUUUAGAAUUUACUGCUAAGUCUUCGUACAUUUUAAAAAUGUAUACAUUUAAUGCGCUGUCCACAUGAAAUGUCCUCAUUAUCCAUGUCCUUGUUGUCAUUGUGGAGGGGCCAACUUUCCAGGCAGUUAGCAGAGGUAUUGUUCUAUUCCUUUCCUAGCAGAUUUUAACUUUUUGUUUUUUUUUGGUUUUUUUUUGUGAGUACUGGGAAUCGAACUCAGGACCUCACACUUGCCAGGCAGGCGCUGUGUCGGUGAGCUAUACCCUUGGCCCUUCCUGGCAGAUCUUAAUCCCUUCGCCCACCAUUCCUGCUACAAGGCAGCCAGUGACCGAACUCUUAAGAUGUCUAUGGUCAUAUCUCAAAAGUGGUAGACUGAAGGGAGAUACACUGCCUAGGGCAGUCCAGAGCAGGUUGUUUUGCUGCCCAUACAUUAGUGAUUGCAGUAGUUCUCUGGCUACCAUGUUGGCUCUCUUUGAACUGUUGAGGACAUAUGCUUAAACCUGAAUCUUCAUUAAAAACUUCAACGCAGCAAAACAAAUCUGAAGUAGGUCAUGCCCUGUUAAUUGUAACGUUAGUUGUUUAAAACAAAAAAAUCCCAAGUUUUAGUUUUUUCACCUAGUCACUGUUUACAGUUGUAUGCUAACGCCUGAAUUACUGUCUGUGCUGUGGUGUGUGAACAUUAUCAGUCUUAUAUUUAUUGCCGUGGAGAAGAAACUAAAAAUACACAAAAAGCAGGAGCGUGUCCGGGCUCCUGAAUCUGGAUGCAUGCGAGAGCAGCGAGUGGGCACCUCUUGAAAGGAGGCUUUUGGGGGAGGGACCCUGGGCACCCCCAUGGCGCUCCUCUCAGGGAGUCACUGCUGCUGGCUCACUUAACCUCCCCAAGGGGAGCCUGUGACUCUGCUUUGGCAAAGUUUCCUUGACUAGUAGAACUCAUCUGUUUUAGUACAUAUUUCAAUAUAAAUGUCAACAUUUCA